GAAAGAGAAAGAGAUCAAACAAAGGAGAAAGAAGAAGAGCACCAAUGAAUGGCACUAAAAUUUGCUUCUUUUUUCUUUUUUGAAGCAAAUUCAAGGGAAAAAGAAAAGUAAGCUUCUUGAAGUAAUCUUGUUCUGUUUUUUUUGAAGUUAUGAGUGAAUGGCAUUGAUAAUUCUGGGGUUUUGAGCCAUGAAUGUCAGUAAAAAUCUUGUUUUUUGAAGUUAUAUCAAGAAAAGGAAGCUUCUUUGUCUCCAUCUCAGCGAUUGCAAUCCAAAUCUUGUUUCAAUGCGACUGAAAAUCAAGUUUUUUGAAGCAAAUUCAAGAAAAGGAAGCCUUUUUUUGGGGGUCUGAUAACCAUGAAGAAACCAUCUUGAUGAGUAUCUUUGUGUUUGAUUUCCUAAGCUUUCAAUCCAAUGUCCAGUUCUGAAGUUAAAAAUCCGAGUUUGGAGUGAGUUCAGCCAUGGAGACUCCUCCAGCGGAAGAGCUGUUGAAGAAGAUCCAAGAGCUGGAGGUUGGGCAAGCCAAGCUGAAGCAGGAUGUGCUGAGACUCUUUCCCGGCGCUGAUGAGCGCCGUGCUGACCGGCCUCGGUCGCACUCUGUGUCGCCUCAGCGCACGCCGCCGAGGAAGAGUGGCAACGUGUUCGAUGGGAAUGGUCCGAUGGGGUGGCGCCGAGGCUCGGCAUCGUUCUCGUCCAGGUUACAGAGAGAGAGCAAGGAGCCGAGCUCCAGAGACGGCGAUGCGCCGCCGGGAGCCGGUUUCUCAGACAGACAGUACUUGAACAUCUUGCAGUCUCUGGGGCAAUCUGUGUACAUCUUUGACCUUGAUGGCCGGAUAAUCUAUUGGAAUCGGACAGCGGAAUGUCUUUAUGGCUAUUCUGCAUCUGAAGCACUUGGUCAAGAUGCAAUUGAGCUGCUCGUUGAUUCCCGUGACUCCAGCAUUGUGAAUACGAUUAUUCAACAUAUAACCAUGGGGGGGAAUUGGACUGGAAAGUUUCUUGUCAAAAGCAAAUUUGGCGAGCAGUUUCAAGCUCUUGCUACCAACACUCCCUUCUAUGAUGAUGAUGGUACUUUAGUUGGCGUUAUCUGCGUUUCAAGUGAUUUGCGGUCCUUUCAAGAUGAAACUUCUCCAAGUUGCUCAGAUCCCCAUGUAUCUGGCUUUAGUAGCCCUGGUUGGCCAAGAGCUGGUAUAGUUGGUGCUGAUCCUCAGCAGCCUCUCCAAGCUGCUAUUGCUUCUAAAAUAACAAAUUUGGCAAACAAAGUGACUAACAAAGUUCUUUCGAGGAUAAAGACAUCUGAGAAUAGUACAGAACGUGAAAUUAUGACCUGUGAUAGCCAGUGUUCCGACAAUGCAUGUUUUGACACAGAUCACAAGGAGGAUGCUACAUCCAGUGGAGCUAGCACUCCCAGAGGAGAUUUACAUCCUUCACCUAUCGGGAAUUCUGACGAGAAGUCUCCUGGGAAAGUAAGCAGAGUUUCCGGUGAUGAGGCUUAUGGGAAGGCAGGGAUUCACAAGCUCAUUGGCUUGAAAGCGGAGUCAUGGAUUGCUAAAAAGGCGGUGUCAUGGCCAUGGAAAGGGAAUGAGCCUGAAGGACCUGAUGCAAGGAAUCGGUUUGGUUGGCCUUGGUCACACAGUGAUCAAGAGAGUGAAUUGAGUCAUCGAAAGCCAUCUGAAUAUAGUGUAAAACAAGGAAAUCGAGUGAAUAAAAGCGGUCAGACAGGUAGUAAGGAAGCUCCAGGUUCUGGUUCUUCACCCAAUAUUAACAGUAUCAGCAGUUUUAGCAGCAGCGGAAGCACAAGUAGCAGCGCUUUUCAGAAAGUGGAUUCAGAUGCCGAUUGCUUAGAUUAUGAGAUUUCGUGGGAGGAUUUAACUAUUGGAGAACAGAUAGGGCAAGGUUCUUGUGGAACUGUGUAUCAUGCUCUUUGGUAUGGCUCAGAUGUGGCAGUUAAAGUUUUUGCGAAGCAAGAAUAUUCAGAGGAGGUUAUACUUGCCUUUCGACAAGAGGUGUCACUUAUGAAAAAGCUGCGGCAUCCAAAUAUAUUACUUUUUAUGGGUGCAGUUACAUCUCCGCAACGUCUGUGCAUUGUAACAGAGUUUCUCCCACGUGGAAGUUUGUUUCGGUUACUUCAAAGAAACACAAACAAGCUGGACUCAAGACGACGAAUUCACAUGGCUUUAGACAUUGCGAGAGGUAUGAAUUAUCUUCAUCAUCGCAACCCGCCUAUCAUUCAUCGUGAUUUAAAGUCAUCGAAUUUGCUAGUCGAUAAGAAUUGGACGGUUAAGGUUGGUGACUUCGGUCUUUCGCGCCUGAAGGAUGAGGCCUAUUUUUCAACAAAAACUGGGAAAGGAACGCCACAGUGGAUGGCUCCGGAAGUUCUUCGCAAUGAGUUUUCAGAUGAGAAAUCGGAUGUGUACAGUUAUGGAGUGAUACUUUGGGAGCUUGUCACCGAGAAGAUACCGUGGGAUAAUCUCAAUUCAAUGCAGGUCAUCGGCGCAGUAGGAUUCAUGAAUCAGAGAUUGGAAUUGCCGAAUGAUUUGGAUCCACAAUGGGUGUCAAUCAUCGAAAGUUGCUGGCACAGCGAGCCAAGUUGUCGGCCAACAUUCCAAGAACUAUUGGAGAAGUUCAAAGACUUUGCAGAGACAAAUGCAGCGAAUUUCUCAUGGAGAUACCUCUCGAACUUCUACAAAGCCAAUCCCCUUGGAUUGACAUUAUCAUCUAUCUUUUUUUUAUCGGUAUCGUGCUUCUUAUGCCAAAACAAUUCUAGAAAGAGAUGAUCGAUCCCUCUGCUUUGUCACUUGAUUUUGCUGCAAAUUGCUUAGUCGUCAGUAAAUUAGCUUGGAUAUGAUAAUUUCCCUCUGACGCAGAUGAUUUUGGCUUGGAAGGCACAUGAAAUUCAUCGGUUGUGACGAUGAUCAUCAACAAACAAAUCGAUGUUGAUAUAGACCUUUGUAUUCUUUGUAAUCAGUUCAGAGAUUCAUAAGAAGAGUACUUGUCUCUGUUUUGUUGCCAAAAAAACAUUAACAAAAUUAUACAGUGUGAAUGAUAGCACUGUACACCAGAGCUCAUACUGAUGCAAUGUUCCUCUUCUUCUUUAGCUUCUUUGCGAUCUUUUUACAAAGAAAGCUUUGUAAUUUCUUAUGCGAUGCAUUGCCGUGUUUUCUAUUCUUAAAGAUAUAAUUACUUUUAUA